AUGUCUGAGAAGCUCAGGGAGCUUGCCGAGUGGCCGCAGGAGCGCAUCGCCGAUAGCAAGCAGUUCCUCACUCGCUGCACAAAGCCCUCCCAAAAGGAGUUUCUUCAGAUCUGCCGGGCCGUUGCCGUUGGCUUCGCCAUCAUGGGCUUCAUCGGUUACCUCGUAAAGCUUAUUCACAUCCCUAUUAACAACAUCCUCGUUGGCGGCGCAUGA